AAUGUGGACUGCGCAGAACAUGUUGCGCACCAGUCCACCUUUGAACAACAACUUCCUGAUAGGGUCGCGUCUCACGAGUACACCGUUUUAUGUCACUGCUGGGAAGAAUUCACACUCAAGCGGGUGAAUGUAAAGCGUGAGGAACUGGACAACUAAAGAUAGCAAUCUUCUGCCCGCCGUCAUCAUGUCGGACCUCAGAGAAGAUUGCAGGCUAGACACCGAUUCCAUGGUUGACUUCUCCCUAAUGAACAACCGUCUUGACUCAUUCCAUGGCUGCAGUUUGGCCGAGCAGGUGCCCGCAGAGCGACUGGCCCGGGCCGGCUUCUACUUUACCGGUCAAGCCGAUCGCGUCUGCUGUUUCAGUUGUAAGACGACUGUGGAAAACUGGUGCAGGGGAGAUACACCUGUAGAAAGACAUAAGGAGGUUUCCCCGUGGUGCAAGUUCCUCAGCUGCACCCAUCGCACCAAUUUCCAGCACAAUUCACAGUUGACUGGCUCCAGAUACAAUGAAGAAGCCGAAGACAUGGAAUAUCGUUUGAGAACAGGAGAGGUGGUUGACGAGUCCACCUACCCAAUGGUCCCUCACAUGAGGAGGGAGGAGGCCAGACGUCAGACCUUCUCCUCUUGGCCAUCCACUGUUCCUGUGACACCUAGAGAUCUGGCCCAAGCUGGCCUCUACUACUUAGGCCAGGGUGACCGGGUGCAGUGUUUUUGCUGCGGUGGCAUGCUAGGUGGCUGGGAAGCAGGAGACACGGCCUGGGGUGAACAUAGCAAACAUUUUCCCUACUGCUUCUUCAUCCUUGGCCAUGAUGUGGGCAACAUCCCAUUUGAGAGAAGUACGGGAGAGGAGAAUUGUAGCAGUCCACCUCAAGUAAACACUUGCAUUCCUAUGGGGAGUUUCGAAGAGAGGCUGCACAGUUUUGCAGGGAUCCAGCACCCAAUCGAUUAUGCUCGACUUGCAAGGGCUGGCUUCUACACCACAGGGACAGGAGACAUGGUGAUGUGUUUUCGUUGUGGUGGAGGAUUAAAAGGCUGGCAGCCUGAUGAAGACCCAUGGGUAGAGCAUGCCAAAAGUUACCCUGGAUGCAGCUUCUUGUUAGCAGAAAAAGGACAAGAAUUUAUCAACACCAUCCAGCUGCUAGACCCUCAGCGAAACAAAGCUACCUCAAGUCAUCAGAAUGGAUUUACAGGAUACAGAAAUGAUGAGGACCCGUUGGAGACACUGCGGAAACUGCAGAGGGAAAAACAGUGCAAAGUGUGUAUGGACAGAGAUACUUCUGUUGUCUUCAUCCCGUGUGGUCAUCUGGCCACCUGUGAGGAGUGUUCACAGACACUUAUUAAGUGUCCAAUUUGUUGUGGGCCCAUUACACAGAAGGUCAAGACCUACAUCGCUUAAACAAAAUAGAUUUUUGGCAAUCAAACCUUCUAUGCUGCUGUCUCAUAAUCCCUGACAUUGUAUUUUAAUAUUAAGUUUCGAUAGCCUGUAAUAUUGCAAGAGCCUGUUUGUAUGACAAAAAAGGAGUGGCUGUUUAAAAGCUAAUCAAGAGUAUAUAAUAAAUCAGUAUUUGUUCAUAGGUCAAUAAUUUGUGCAGACACUAAAAUAUUUUGUAAUUUUUUCAUUCCAGAGGUGCCUUUGAUAAAUUUGCUGUUUAUUUGAAGUUUAGAACAGCUCAAAAUGAGUUGUAGUGGGAUAUACUGUAUUGAUUUCACGCUUGUUUCAGCUUUACUUUUGUUAUUAAAUAGCUUGACAUUUGAAAGAUUUUACUUACUACUCCAUGGUUAUUUGUUUAAAUAAAUAUUGUCAGAGAUCAAUCCACAAAGACUAUACCUGAUCAUCUAUGUGAUGUGAAAUCUAUUUCAGCAAUAAAAUGCACUAAUUGGUCAUAAAA